AUGUUUGGCAACUGGCGAGACGAUCCGUUCGAUAUUCAAUCAUCAAAUAGUGAAUUAUGCUUGGAUUUACGUCGUAAUGCUGUGUACUUUACGACGGAAAUGUUGUUACCAGCUCUUAUAACAUCCAUUAUCACCAUAUCAUCCGUGCCAUUUCAGAUAUCUAUAGCCCAGCUGGUGCCAAUAGCAUUAUCUCUCUUGGCUCAGAUUAUCGCCUUGACUCUUAUUAAUAGCCGAUUACCGACAUUUGCUAUCCAUACACCAACUAUAUCAUACCGAGACCAUGAAAAAAGAAUAUAUAGUAACAUGACUACGAAGAGUCAAUAUUCAAAAAUUGUUUUCAGUGAAAUAUAUUGGAUUCAACUUCAUCUCAUGAUUUCAAUGAUUUUAUGGAGGCUAUCGAAAUCUAACACCGCCAUACCACUACAUCAUUCACUAAAUCAAUUCGCUUAUUUUAUUAAUAAUAGGAUUGCUCUACCACUGUCCAGUGAGGAGAUUAACGAGGAUUCACAGCGGAAGUAUGCUCCACUGGCAUGUGCUCUCAAUAACCUGACAUUUUUGAUUUUUCUGGCUCUUUACUUCGUAGUUUUUGUUGGAUCAUUCAUUUUGUAG